AACCCAGGACCCGUUUCGUGUGUGUUUAGUUCUUUCUCAAGCACUAUACAGUUACAGCGUUAUUCAAAUUCAAUUAGGUUCUUCCAAGUUCAAAGCUCACAUCGUAAUCACCGGUCCUUUGACUCUAAUUGCAGCAACUAACCUUUGAUUUUCUUAAUCAGGACGCACUCGAGUAUGGUCAUACAAACACAGGUGAAGUCUGUUUUAAAUGAGAUUGAAGAGGAGGAGCAAAGGGUCCAGCAGCUGGAGGAGGAGUUAAAUCAUGUGCAAAAAUCAACGGAGAUGUUGCGUGCGAGUUUGAAUGAACAGAUUCAAAAGAAGGCUACUAUUGAGAAUGGGAUGCAACGUCUGCAGGAAAAGAUCAAUGAAGAAGAUGGUAAUAUUGAUGUAGUGCAGAGGGUGAAAGUGCUACUGGAAUCUGUGGAGGCUCUUGAAAAGCAAGAAGGCGAACUCAGGACUUCUUGCGAACAAAAGCAUUCCAAUUUGCAAGCCGAGGUCAAUGAAUUGGAAAGGAUAUCCAACAGUGAGGAAAUCAAUAGCCACUCUGGUGAUCUCCAAUCCUUCCGUGAUCUAGGAGAAAACUGGCAAUCUGCAAAGGAAUUGGCUGCUAAACUAAGGGCUGUACUAUCAUUGAAGCGACGCCUUGAUGAUCAGCCAUCCCCAUCAGAACUAAUUCAGUAUGAACGAAGGUUUUCGGAAUUGUAUGUUCAAAUACAGGAAAAGCAUCAACAAACUCGUCAAUAUUAUGCUACUUAUAACGCUCUUUUGGAGAUAAAGGAAUUAGUACAGAAGGAAACAUCCUUAUUAAACUCCAUAAGUUCACAGUUUCAAGAUGCGAUGACCAGUACAGCAGGUCGUGCAAAACUUAUUGGCUCCAUGGAGGCAGUGUUACAGGGAACCCAACAGAAGCUAGGAAAGGUGCAGCUUGGUCUGCAAGAAGAACAGAGAAAAUGUGAUGUCUUCAAGGAGGAGUAUGCUGCAUCAGUAGUGGAGCAAAGGCGAUGUUCUUCCAUUUUGAAGGCUUUCCAGGAGGAAUGCACAAAGAACGAGAAACUUCGGAGGCAAACUUCUGCAUAGAGUAACCAAACACUCGUGUGCGAGCUUUUUCAAGCUUCUAAUAGUUGACUUAGAUGACUGAAUUUACAAUAAAUAGUUUGGUUUUUGAAAUUUUAUUAGCUCAAAAAUGUAAUGCUUUCCCUUGGUUAAGGUUAUUUCUUUACUGUCCUUGCUCCACUACUUUGUAGAUUUCUUGAAAACUUCAGCUGUAAAUGUAAACUCAAACCCUGAAAAGCAUAUAGAACAUUCUUCUAUUUUAUUUGAAUUGCAAAAUUGUUAUAUGGAUAGCAUGGGCCAUUCUUCUUUUGAA